AAAACAUUCUCGACCAAAAUACGCAGAACACGCAAAAGCCAAAAACAUAUUACACUACAAGGCAAACCCAGUGAAAUUCCCAGCUUUUGUUCAAACGUUUUGUAGUUUUUUUCAUUCCGUUCGAGUAAUAGUUUCUCCUCCUCCGGUAGGUUAACUCACUUUUGCGCAAUGGGAAACGCGGGAAGUAAUUUACCCCGGGAGCGCCAUAAAUCGGGAUCCAAUGAUCCAAUUCCGGGCUCUCCGAUGAAGGACGAUCAGGCGUUUGUGUUCGAUCGCAAACCACACAUCUACGGCCAUCCGUUUGUGACCGAGGAGGAGGUGGAACCGUACGGUUAUUCCAAGUCCGUUCCGGAUCCCGAGUUCAUGCGCGAACCACGAAAACGAUCCAGCACCAUGUCCGAGGGCACGACACCGUCCGAUUUGCCAGCUGCGGGUGGACCACAAGAGGAGGAACCGCAGUCCACCACACUGCCGACCGUGUUCAAGUGGGACGGUGGUGGCAAGCAGGUGUUCAUCAGCGGAACGUUCUCCCAGUGGAAGGUUCUACCGAUGGUGAAGUCGCACGCAGAUUUCGUCACCAUCAUCAACAUCCCGGAAGGGGACCACCAGUAUAAGUUUCUCGUCGAUGGCGAAUGGAAGCAUGAUCCAAAACUGAAAAAUGUUGAAAACGACUCGGGCUUUACGAACAAUCUUGUUACGGUGCGUCAGUCCGAUUUUGAAGUAUUCCAAGCGCUGGCCAAGGACAGCGAAGAUACGGGCAAAGAUGAAUCGAAAGAGUGGGGCCAAGAUAUCCCAACUGCCAGACCUUGGGGUAAGGAAUCGGGACCGCCCAUACUGCCGCCCCAUCUGCUGCAGGUCAUUCUUAACAAGGACACUCCAUUGUCGUGUGAACCAACACUUCUUCCCGAACCGAACCACGUCAUGCUGAAUCACCUGUACGCCCUUUCGAUCAAGGACGGUGUCAUGGUGCUGAGUGCGACGCAUCGCUACCGGAAGAAAUACGUCACCACGCUGCUCUACAAACCGAUCUAGAUGUGGUGGGUGGUGGGUUUCAUAUAUUUCCUAUCCGAUUUGAGCUCCUGUAGGAGGCCAACAGAUCGGGAGGAGUAAUUAGAUAGGGGACACUAUGGGAUUAUCCAAAAAACGAAAAACCAAAGCUGAUAAGCUUACAACCAAGGAUGGUUGAUUUAUAAAAAAGAGGACAAACACAUACAUACAUACACAUUCAGAUUGAUUGGUUCCUGUUGGUUUGUGUCCUAUUUUAUAGGGGGAUGAAUGGAUAUAACUAUGAAGAGCAGGUGUUACAUAAAUUGACCACCAGGGUCACAAAAAGCUACAUGUAUUUUAUUCCUCACAGUUUGUUGAUUAUAUUGCAUAGUUUGUAGUUACCUAGACAAAAUGUCCGCGACACGAUUCGAGAACGGGAUGGAAAACAAAUAUUGCAUAGGAAGCGCGUGCCUGGAGAAAAUUAUUUGUACAAUGCAACAAAGGAUAGGGAAAAACAAGGGCAAAUUACGCGACAUGUUUUUAAUUGCUUUCAGUUUAAAAUGACGAUGGCUUACGAUGACGAAUCUUCGUGUAAAUAUGCUGAAUAUGAUGUAUCGGUUAAACCAAGAAUAAAGUUUUUCA